CCACCACCACCACCACCCCCACCACCACCACCACGCCCUCCACCACAAUCACCACCAUCUCUCUCGUCUCUCUGACUGACUCACUCACUCGCUCCGUAGACGUAGUCGCUGCUCGAUUCGCUCGGAAAUCUUCCCCCCAACAAACCUUGUCCACCACCACCUACUUCGUCCACCACCUUGUCCACCACCUCGUCCACCACCCACCUCGUCCACCACUCACCUCGUCCACCACCCACUUCGUCCACCACUCACCUCCUCCACCACUCACCUCGUUCACCACUCACCUCGUCCACCACUCACCUCCUCCACCACUCACCUUGUCCACCACUCACCUCCUCCACCACCCACCUUGUCCACCACCUAGUCCACCACCUAGUCCACCACCUUGUCCACCAACUCGCCGUCACCAUGGGUGUGCAGGGUUGCCUCAAAUGCGUCAAGUAUCUGCUGUUCGCCUUCAAUUUCGUUUUCUGGAUCUGUGGCUCAGCGGUGCUGGGGGUGGCGCUGUGGCUCCGCUUUGACCCCAACACCAAGGACAUCUUCAGCUCGCCCGACUCACCCUCCAACUUCCUCGUGGGCGUCUACGUCCUGAUCGGAGCCGGCGCGCUGAUGAUGCUCAUUGGGUUCCUCGGCUGCUGCGGGGCCAUACAGGAGUCGCAGUGCAUGCUGGGAACGUUCUUCUUCUGCCUGCUGGUGGUGUUUGCGGCGGAGGUGGCGGCCGGGAUCUACUCCAUCAACAACAAGGACAAGAUUCCGCAGGAGUUCAAGGAAUACUACAGCAGCCUGUAUCUGCAGUACCUGAAGGAUAAGUCAGACUCCAUCAAGACGGCCCUCAUCGCCUUCCACAAGGGGCUCAACUGCUGUGGCACUGGCAAGCUCUCCAGCGCCUUCUCAUCGCUGGACCCGGGACUCUGCCCCAACGCCAAGAACUUCCUGGAGGCUGUGGUCAACCCAGACAUGGACUGCAACAGCCGCAUCGAUGACAUCUUCUCACAGAGGGUCUACAUCAUCGCCGCUGUCGGCAUCGGCGUCGGCGUUGUGAUGGUGUUUGGCAUGGUGUUCAGCAUGCUUCUGUGCUGCGCCAUCCGCCAGAGCCGAGCCUACAUCUAGGCCUGGGCACAGCCUGGACACCAGCGUGCCAGGACCGGAGUGGAGGGACACUUUUUUUCUUUUUGUACGGAUGAAGACCAUUGUAGAAUCCUCUGCAACGGCUCCAUAUAUACACACACACGUAUAUAUAUAUAAACCUUGUACACACACACACCGUGUACACACAGACACACACCGUAUACACACACGUAUAUAUAUAAGCCUUGUACACACAGACACACACCGUGUACACACAGACACACACCGUGUACACACACACACACACCGUGUACACACAGACACACACCGUGUACACACACACACACACACCGUGUACACACACACACACACACCGUGUACACAGACACACACCGU